GGUAAGAGCAAAGCGGAGCUCGCACCUCCGAGACCGCACCAAUGGCGACCACCUCUUGGCCCCCGCCGCUCGCCUCCACCGCGGCCAAUCCCGCCUCCGCCCGCGGCCCCUCCUCCAACUCCAAGCGCUUCCUCCCCUUUCCUUCCCGCCGGCCGCGCCCCGGGCCCGGACCCGUCCCCCGCCUCCGCGCGGGCUCCCUCAAGGAGUGGCGCGAGUUCGAGGACGCCGUCGAGAGCAAGGACCUCUCCCGCGCGCUCCGCUUCCUGCAGUCGGUGGAGCCCGCGUAUUCUCCGUCAGAGACACAGGUGGCGCUGCCCGUGCAGCCGGGGCGGGACUGGGAGGUGCUGGACGCAUGCAUCGACGCCGACGACCUGCGGCUCGUCGGCCGGGCCUACCAGUUCCUCUCCGACCGCGGCCUCCUCGCCAACUUCGGCAAGUGCAAAAACAUAGUUCUGGAGGGACCAAGAGAAGUGACGCCAACAAUUUUAAAGGAGAUGACGGGCCUGGAAGCUGCAAAGCUUGCGCCGAAGAAGUGGGGUCUCUCAGGAAAAUCUCCUUAUGUUCUGGUUACAUUUCUUGGAGGUGUAUCUUUUCUACUAACUCAAGGCAUUGAUGUCCGGCCUAACUUGGCUGCCAUAUUGGCAUUAGCGACAGCAGAUGCACUUUUGCUUGGUGGUACUUGUGCUGCACAAAUAUCAUGUUUCUGGCCUCCAUACAAGCGCAGAAUACUUGUACAUGAAGCAGGCCAUCUUCUUACAGCUUAUCUAAUGGGUUGCCCUAUACGAGGAGUCAUUCUGGAUCCAUUUGUGGCAUUGCGAAUGGGCAUUCAAGGACAGGCAGGGACACAGUUCUGGGAUGAAAAAAUGGAGAAAGAACUUGGUGAGGGUCAUCUAUCAAGUACAGCAUUCGACAGAUAUUGCAUGAUUCUAUUUGCUGGAAUUGCUGCAGAAGCACUUGUAUAUGGGGAGGCAGAAGGAGGAGAAAAUGAUGAGAAUUUAUUCAGGAGUCUGUGUAUUUUGCUCAAUCCUCCGCUUUCUAUUGCACAGAUGGCAAAUAGAGCUCGCUGGUCAGUGAUGCAAUCUUACAACCUUCUGAAGUGGCACAAGAAAGCACAUAGAGCUGCCGUCAAAGCGCUUGAAAGUGGACAUAGUCUCAGCAUCGUCAUUAGGAGGAUAGAAGAAGCAAUAUCUUCCGACAGAUAGUUGGACAAAUGCAUCUCUCACACACCUGCUACUACCAAUUAAGGUUUUCUUACAUCUCUCAGCAAGUGCAAAGAAGUCGCACAUAAGAAAUCUUGGUACAUAUUGAGACAAGAACUAAAAUUAAGCUAGGAAUGCACAUUAAUCUUCAAAAAGAUUAUAAUCUUUGAUGUGGGUGAAGGAGGUCAAACCAUGUGAUCCAUAUAUAGUCGGAUCAAUUUCCAUGGAGCUUUGCAAGUUGGGAAGCAACCGUGUGGUUAAUGUUGUUGCAUACAUGUAUAUAUAUAGGAGAUCAAUUUUUGUUGUGAGGAAUGUUUGCGCUCUUCAUGAAUCAUGAAUAUAAACAUGUGUACUGUAGAAUAGAAAUGGCUCAUCAGUUGCUGUGCAAAAGGGCACCCAGAUUGUUCUCUUCCAGUAACAUAACACGGGACUGUAUAUUUUCCAGAGACCAGAAAGUACUUAUUUGACAGUUGAUCAUUCAUCUUGUUUUUGACAGGUCAA